AUGAUCAGUGGGGCCCCAGAAAGUGCCACCUGUCAGUGCUCAUCAGUGCCAUGUGCCAGUGCCCAUCAGUGCCACAUCAAUGCCACAUAUCAGUGCAUACCAGUGCACAUCAAUGCCACAUAUCAGUGCCCAUCUGAGCUGCCUUUGCUUCAAUGUCACUCAUCAGUGCCAGUCAGUGCCACCUAUCAAUGCCAAUCAGUGAGACCUAUCAGUGCUGCCAAUCAGUUCCACCUAUCAGUGCCAGUCAGUGUUGCCUAUCAGUGCCAGUCAGUGCCGCCUAUCAGUGCCACCUAGCAGUGCCCUACCAGUGCCUCCUCAUCAGUGCCCAUCAGUGCCACCUAUCAGAGUCUAUCAGUGCAGCCUAUCAGUGCCCAUCACUGCACCCUCAUUGGCGCACAUUAGUGAAGGAGAAAAAUCAUUUAUUUACAAAAUUGUAUAACAAAAACUAAGAAAAACGGUUUUUUUUUUUUUCAAAA